AUGAGGCUGAGGAAGGGCAACCCUAGCCAUCACAUUCCCUUAAAUAGGGGCUCAACCGUCGGAUUAGGGGUUGUCAUUAAACAACAGUCACACCGUUAUGCUAACUUAAAGUCCACAAAAACUCUGGCCAUGGUCAUGCCAUGGGACUCCAUCACCCUGCCGUGGCCACCAGAGAUCCAACAUCCAAAAUAUUCAAAUUGCUUAAAAGGAACAUACCCAAAACUUGUGUUACACAUCUUCAUUAUGCCUAAAAGGUCCGGUUCAUGUCCAAUUUCCCAAGGUCUUUUCGUCCCAGUUCUCACAAUCGGCUCGCGACUCCAUUAUCUUUCUUCACUUGUAAUAUAUAGUGUUCCUGAUGAACCAAAAGCUGCAGAGAACUUGAACUUUGUGUUGCCAAUGACGAAUUGCAAGUCAUUUCCAUUUCUGAUAUUGCUGUUGCUUACCUUUCAAAGCCUUUUAACAGCACAUGAAGAUCCAUCUUACAAGGACAUACAGGUGGGAGUGAUUCUCGACAUGGAUUCAUGGGUAGGGAAGGUUUUUUAUACUUGCAUCACCAUGGCUAUUUCUGACUUUUAUACAGCCAAUCCUCACUAUAGAACAAGGAUAGUUUUUAAGACCAGGGAUACCAAUGGAGAACCACUGCCUCUGGAUCUUUUAGAGAACAUAGAAGUGCAAGCGAUAAUAGGUCCAGAAUCAACAGCUGAAGCAAGAUUCUUGGAGGUUUUGGGAGAUAAAGCUAACAUACCGAUUCUUUCCUUUUCAACAAGUCCCUUCUUAAAUCAGAAUCCUUAUCUUCUUGGAAUCUCACAAGACGAAACCACUCAGUUUAAAGGCAUUGCAGCCAUGGUAGAAUCUUUUAAAGCCAAGAAUGUGAUCCUUAUAUGUGAGAACACAGCAAAUGGGAGAGAAAUGGCUACUUAUAUGGUUAGUGCAUUCCAAGAGAAAAACAUACACGUCACAUAUACAAGCCUAGUCUCAACCUCUGCCAACCAUGAAAUCAAGGAAGAGAUUCUUAAGCUUCAAACUAUGCAAGGCAAGGUUUUUGUCAUGCAUACACCUCCUUCUCUAGCAUCUGAUAUUUUCUCGAGGGCAAAAGAACUGGGCAUGAUGGGAGAAGGAUACAUGUGGAUUAUAACAAUUAAGAUUGCCAAUUUCUUGGAUUCCGUGGAUGCUGAAGCAAUCAAAUCAAUGCAGGGAGCAGUGGGUUUCAGAUCUUAUUUUCCAGCAUCAAGGAAGCUUAAUAACUUUGUUGCCAAAUGGAGAAAGGAACACUAUUAUUUGAUCCCUUUUAUGGAGGUUAAGGAAGUAGAUUAUAAUGGCAUAUGGGCAUAUGAUGCAGUUUAUCCACUCGCCAUGGCUGUUGAGAAGGUACAAACAUCCUCAAUCCGUGCAUCACUUUUGGAUGAGAUGUUAAGAGUCAACUUCCAUGGUUUAGGUGGUGAAUUCAAGCUUAUGAAUAGGAGAACCAUUUCCAAAGUCAUGGAAGUUGUUAAUGUGAUAGGUAAGGGUGAUAGGAGGGUUGGGUUCUGGAUGAUGGUUACUGGUGGUGAGUUUGUUAAGGAAAUUGGAAAAACAAAUUCUUCUUCUUCUUCUUCCAAUCAUGGUCUGGAAACUAUCAUCUGGCCAGGUGGAGCUACAAGUGUUAAUCAAAAGCUCAGGAUGCUGCAAAUGAAUGGGAAAAAGCUGAAAAUUCUGGUUCCAGAUUUUGGCACAAUAUUCCCAAAUUUGUUACAACUGACUGUUGAUCCCAAAACAAAUCUAUCAUAUGUCAGCGGCUACUGUGGGGAUGUUUUCAAUGCUGCUUUUAAUGCCUUAGACUAUGAAGUAGGCGUUGAGAUUAUUCCUCUCCCUUAUAAGGAUGGAAUGACUUAUAAUGAUCUAAUCGACAAAAUCGCUCUAAAGGAAUAUGAUGCUGCUGUUGGAGAUAUAUCUAUCACAACAAAUAGAUCUCUCUAUGUCGACUUCACAUUGCCCUUCACUGAUCUUGGAACUGGGACAAUAGCCCGAAACGCCAAGAAAAGCAUCUGGAUCUUUUUAGAUCCUCUUAGUACAGAUCUUUGGAUCACAAGCGGUUGUUUCUUUCUCUUUUUGGGGUUUGUCAUUUGGUUUAUUGAACAUCGUACAAAUGAAGAAUUUCAAGGUUCAGCAAAACAGCAAGUUGAAACAACCAUCUGGUUUGCCUUUUCGACCCUUGUUUAUGCUCACAGAGAGAAGCUCCAAAGUAAUCUAUCAAGAUUCGUGGUUACUGUCUGGGUUUUCGUGGUGCUUGUUCUCACGUCAAGUUACACUGCAACUUUGAGUUCACUUUUAACUGUACAACAAAUUGGAAUGAAGGAGAUGUCUAUCGGAUUCCUGGGUGUUUCUCCCUCAGUAGGAGUUGUCUUUAACAAUGUGAACUUAGGGGGUGCCAAAAUUGAAAACCUAUACACACCUGAGGCCUACGUCAAAGCAUUAACAAGUGGAGGUGUUAAUGCAAUCAUUGAUGAUAUCCUUUACAUCAAGGCAGUCCUUGCAAUGUAUCCUGCUUCUGGCUUCUCCUUGAUCUCAACAGCAUCAACCACCAAUGGUUUCGGCUUUGCAUUUCAAAAAGGCUCACCGUUGGCCGGAGAGAUGUCGACUCAGAUAGCAAAGAUGCGGGAAGACGGGACAUUGAAAGCAUUAGAGGAUAAAUGGUUAAAACGUCAAUCUGCAUUGAUGUCAAAGGAUUUUUCUUCUCCUUCACCAAAAUUUUUGAGUCUUUAUGGGUUUCAAGGUCUUUUUCUUAUCAGUGGUGUGACAAUGGCAUUUGCCCUUUUGUUGUCCAUGGUUCGUAUUAUUCGUGAAAAAUUACAUGUCAAGAUUAAGAUUCAGAUAUGGAGGUACAUCUUAAGAAGAUCUUCCGAAAUACAUGCACAAGAUAGUGAUGCAGAAUCAUCAGUCUAA